AACAAUAGGCAUUAGAGGAGUCAAUAAAUGAGUGUUGUCGAAAUAGUCAUCGUAAUUUCCACCAUCUUCCUUUUGUGCAUAUUUUCUUUUGUAGCUAGCGAUGUCAACAAAGUCGACUACGUCUUCAAAACCGUGUUGAUCGGCGAUUCUGCGGUUGGGAAAUCGCAGCUGCUGGCGCGUUUUGCGAGGAACGAAUUCAGUAUGGACUCCAAGUCCACCAUCGGAGUUGAGUUCCAGACGCGCACACUUGACAUCGAUCACAAAACUGUCAAGGCCCAGAUUUGGGACACUGCUGGCCAAGAAAGAUAUAGGGCAGUCACCAGUGCCUAUUACAGAGGAGCUUUAGGGGCAAUGCUCAUUUACGAUAUAACCAACCGUCAAUCAUUUGACCAUAUGGCUAGGUGGCUUGAGGAAUUGCGGGGACAUGCUGAUAGGAAUAUAGUCAUUAUGCUCGUCGGCAACAAAUCUGACCUGGAAACACAUAGAGAUGUAGCAACUGAAGAUGCUAAAGAGUUCGCCGAGAUGGAAAACCUAUACUUUAUGGAAACAUCAGCACUUGAGGCAACAAAUGUUGAACCAGCUUUCCUGACUGUCCUGACUGAGAUUUAUCGUGUCAUCAGCAAGAAAUCGCUCUUUGCUAACGAAGCAGAAUCUGCAGGAAAUGAAGCGCUACUUCAGGGUACCAAGAUUGUCGUUGCUGGACAGGAACCUGUGCCUACUGCAAGCAACUCUAGCUGUUGUAGAACAUCAUAGUCUAAUCCUUCAUCUAGAUAGUUCUCUGUAUGUAACAUUAUUUUUUUCGUGAAUCAUAUAAUAGGCCUUGUUUUAUUGAA